AUGCCAUACAAGAAGAACAAGAAAGACAAAGUGGUACCGGCAGGAAAUGAACAAAAUGGCAGGCAUGACCAAGAAACGACUUGGACGCUGGCAGAGCUUCUCAAUAAUACUCAGAGUCGGGCAAGUUAUGCCAGUUCAGCGCAUUCUUUUGUGAGCAAUGGGGACAGCUACAGUUCACUCUGCAAUGAACCAAUGUAUCAGCUAUUGGAAAAGACCAGUGAAGAUGACUAUGACACUGAUGUGGAGCUUGAUGGAAAACCUGGAGAAACUGUAACUGAAGAGCAGGUCUAUCGUAGGGCAUGUGAGGAAGUUGGAGUCAGUCCAAUAUCUUACUACAUUCGGCACCAUCACGAUGCUCACCUUAACCUGAACUAUCGCUGCAUGUCACCCAAAGCAGUGAAGGCCUUGUCAAUUGCACUCGUGACAAAUACAGCAGUGACUACAUUGGACUUGGAGCAUGAUGGAAUCAACGCAGAGGGAGUGCAAUAUCUGAUGGAAAUGUUAGUCGAAAAUUGUUUCAUCCAGACGCUGCAAUGUAAACUCAUGCAGCCUAAGCACGUGGCUGGCCCAAUGGAGUUGAUUUCGGAUGAUUACACCUUGAUGCUCUUGCCAUUAGCUGCUUCAGAGAUGCUGAUGUUAGUCCCCACAGCUGAUACGGAGAAUCUGCCACGAACAGCAUUGAUGAAUUUAUCCAACAAUGAAUUACGAACAUGGGGAGUGGAAGUAUUGUGUAAAUUGCUUCCACUGAACAUUUCACUUAAGUGCAUCAAACUCUCAGGUAACAAGCUGAAAUGCAAUGCUGCUUCAUAUUUUGCCGAUACUUUAUCCUCUAAUUUCAGAAUUUCAGAGCUGGAUCUCAGUUACAAUCAGUUUGGUGACAAAGGAGCAGAGUUCCUGGGACAAAUGCUAGCAACCAAUGAAAGUUUGGAAAUACUAAAUCUGCAAUGGAACCAGAUUCAAACAGAGGGCGCAGUGGCUUUGAGUGCAGGACUACGGAUGAAUAUCACCCUAAAGAGCCUCAAUUUGUCCUAUAAUGGCUUUGGAAAUGAAGGAGCACUUGCCAUGGGAGAGACAUUGAAAUUCAAUAGCACCUUGCUUGAGCUAAACCUUAGCUCCAACCACAUCAACAAUGAGGGUGUCAACAUGCUGUGUAAAGGACUGGACGUCAAUGAAAAUAUUAAGAUCUUGUGUCUGUCCAACAAUCCUAUAACAGUGGAUAGUGCCAUUCGUCUUUUAGAAGUUGUACGGAAGAAUGAAAAAUCAAACUUGGAAAAGAUCAAUAUUAAUAAUGUACUGGUAAAUGAAAACUUCAUGGAGUUAUUGAAGAGUAUUACUCAAGAUCGUCCACAGUUUGUGAUUGAAACUAAAGGAGUUGGAGGAUCCAUUGCUGGAAGUCGUAAACAUCGACCUGAUCCAAUGAAAGUGAUCCAGGAUUACCUCGAUAAGCACAAACUCCGACUGUCUGAUUUCUUUCGAAACAUGGACAAAGCUGGAAAUAUGAGUGUGCCUAUCUCCGACUUCAAGAAAGCUUUACAGCAAUUCAACAUUCCAUUGGAUCUCAUUCAGGUUGAAGAACUACUCAGCAAACUUGACAGAGACAAUACUGGAUCAAUUGACUACAGGAAUCUGGUUGACACCAGGAAGCGAAUGAUCCGGGACCAAAGGGAGCAACUCCAUAAAGAGGAAACCCGCCAGAGGAAAGAGAAACAAAAGGCCCAGCGGGUACUGAAAACACUGAACAGUGCAAUAAAGGCCAUCACCCCACGAAAUUCAUUUGUCAUUGUACCUGGUCAGGUUAAGUUGCCAGCCAUCCAAACACUUAAGUCCUUCAGUUCCCAACACUUAUCUGGCACAUCAUUGAGCUCGUGGCAUCAUGUGGGGAGGUCAAACAGCAGUCAGUACUCAGUACCAAUCUUGAGUAACAUACAAGUGCACCGUCCAUUUAGCCAUUCCAGUAAUGGGCCUUCUGUCUCUGGUGCCAGGUUGGGUUCUUCUGUCCAGGUAAACUCAGUCUCACAGCCUGAGCUGCUGCUUAAAUCACCUGGAUGUUCUCUGUUAGACCCAAGUGAGAUGUUCGAUCAGGAAUUGGACCCUGUUACAAAGUCUAGGCCAUCUACUUCAUUUUGGAUGGCGCAAUCAGUAACAUCUGGCCAUAAGAGUCAGCUGAAGACUAAAAUGUAG